GUCGACGGCUCCAACGGCAGCCUUCCGGUAGCUGUUUAAUGGACUCGGCACGGGUCGUUGUCAUAUGCCCUAGACCUUAUGUAGGUCAGCGUUCGUAGCGUCCGUGACUAAAAAUUCGCCCAUCUAACGUCGCGCAAUGUUCCUUCACUUACACUUACACUAGUUUGCUCUUUCUUCCCGCCCUUUGCGUCAAUCAUUUUCUUAACCAUGUUUAGGAUGCUUAGAGGAGGGGGAGAUAACGUCGAUGAACAAUGAAUAGGAUUAAGGAAACUCUAGCUAGAAUAGCUCGUGCCGCUCGUGGAUCACGCGAUCCUGCCUCUUCCUCGAGCUUACGUUUAGAUCGCGUAGGCCGAUCGAGUAGCUCGACUCUUGACUCUCGGGAGAAGGUUCUAGUCCGCCCCGAUGGCCGAGGACCUCUUGUCCUUUUUGACGGUACCCAACAUGGCAACGACGGCAUCGACAUUGUCUUCGUCCACGGACUUUUCGGCCAACGCAGCGGGUCCUGGACCAAGGCCGGCGUCUGCUUCCCUCGCGACUUUCUCGGGCAGGACAUCCCGGGUGUCAGAAUUAUCGUAUGGGGAUGGACCGGAACUUUGAGCGCCGCCGGCACUUUUUCUGAGCAAGCGGAAAGCCUCCUAACGGACAUUGCUCGUAUCCGUACCGGGACCAAACGUCCCCUCAUUUUCGUAGGCCAUGGCCUGGGUGGUUUGGUCAUCAAGGAGGCCUUGGUCACGGCGGCGAUGUCACGGAUAUACGGUGCACACGUCGAACUUGGAAACGUUUACCCCAAGACUAUCGGAUGUGUCUUCUUAGGCACGCCUCACGUAAGAGGCGGAAAGCGUUCUCUGGGCGAAUGUAUUGCUACGACCGCUCUAUUGUCACCUACACCGCCUUCCCCCCAGCUGCUGAAGGCUUUCAGGGACAGCGACAAAGUUUUCGAGAACCUUCACAGCACGUUUAUUAUGAUUUCAAGAGACAUAAGAAUCAUAUGCGCUCGAGAAAAGCUGCCGACGACGAUAAACGCAUCAGCUGAUGUUGUCAAGGAUGCUGAUGGCAUGGAACUGGGGAGAGGAACGAUCCAGAUGAUGGUUCCAAGGGAUUCUGCAACCUACGAGGGUUUCAACGUAUCCAAGCUCGAUGUGAUGGUAACCCACCAGGACCUCGCGAGAUGCAAAAGCAGAGACGACCCGGGAUAUGCGCAGAUAGUUCAGUAUCUCGUCAAGGCGGCAACUGCUCUAUCACCUGCUGAAAUACAAGCAAGGGAGCCUAGAAACCAAGAAAUUCUCAAUACUCUUUACUUCGAUUCUAUGACCGAGCGAGAAUCCCGAAUAGACCCAGCUUAUGGUGAUACGUGUGAUUGGAUUCUGGAUCCCAGCCAAUCUCCUCUUCCCAAAUUCCUAAAAUCUGAAGACGCUGUCCUAUGGAUUAGUGGUACUGCUGGAUCUGGAAAGUCGACGCUGAUGAAGCACCUAUAUCGAUCAGAAAAGUUCCGAGAGCAACUCCUUGAGGGUUGGGGGGAAGGACACGAUUUGCAUAUGGCUUGUUUCUUUAUGUUUGAAGGUGGCGGCCCUAUCCAGAAAUCAUAUGAAGGCUUCCAGCGCAGCAUUUUAUAUCAGAUUCUAUCGGCCAGACGUGAGCUGAUUAGAGUUGCAUUCCCCAGCUUUUUCGACUGUUCUUGGCCACCUCCAGUCCAGUUCACCAGCAACAGCAACCUAAAUCAAGCAUUCUAUUCUAUCUUUGCUCAGCUAUCCGACGACGUGCGCCUCUUCAUUUUCAUGGAUGGACUCGACGAAUACCGCAUUAUAGAUCGGAAGGAUCAGUACGAGCCAGGUGAACUUGACGUUACUUACAAAAACGCAGGAGAUGAGUUUUGGGGCCAGAGCAAAUGGGCAAUGGACUCCCACGUGGAGGUCUCGAAACUCGUCAACAGUAUGAGCGGCAAAGAUAACAUCAAAUUCAUCAUUUCUUCACGUGAACUGUCGGUGUUUGAAGAAUCUUUUGCUGAAUUUCCAAGAAUCAGACUACAAGAUCACACAGAACGGUCUAUCACGCAAUAUGUAGCAGGCCGGCUUGAAGACGAGGCUCCCGGUUUACCCGAUACCAACAACCUCUGCAAGGAGAUAGCUCAGAAGAGUCACGGCGACAUACUAUGGGCGAGAUUAGCGAUCGAUAUGGUUGUCGGUUGUAGUUUGCGCAGUCUAAGGAGCAUGUUAAACUCCUUGCCGUCACACCUCGGAGGACCCGACGGUCUGUACAUGCGCAUGUUACAAAACCUAAGCCAUGAAGAUCAAAACAAAGCAUCUAAGAUUUUUCAUAUUGUUCUCAGAGCGCAGCAACCGCUGAGCUUAAUUACACUCGCUUUUGCUGAAGAAGGCUAUCUGGACCCCAGUACAGGCAAGCUAUGGUUGAUUCGUGACGAUGAGCAUUCUUACGAUAAUGAAACCGUCGAUCGUAUAGCCGAUCAAAUGCAAAUGCGGUUACAAACGUGUUGUUUCAGCCUUCUGGUUGCCGAGACGGGAAUAUCCACCAACUCCAAUAGCGUAGAAACGGGAAAACGCGUUGUCUUUUCCAAUCAGACAGCUAAAGAAUGGGUACGACGCAAGGAUAUAUGGCAAAGACUCCCUGGCGUCGAGCCAAUUAGCGACAUAGACCUUGACUUUUCGCUGCUUAGUGGGUUUGCGAGACACAUCAAAAUUUUUGGAGUUACCCGAUCCCCCAUAUUGGCAUGGCCAAGCUGGCGAAUUCGGCCUGACGCAUGGUUGUUGAUUUCGAAUGCCAUGCGAUAUGCUGAGAAAAUUGACGACAAAAUCAACGAUUUAGAGAAAUAUUGCGAACUGUUAGACGAUGUAGAUAGCACAUGUCAACGGAUCUGGGUCGCGGCUCUGAAGAACCACAAACCUCUUCAUGAGGACCCCGACUGGUAUGAGAGCAAGCUCCCAAGUCUUCUGAAGAAACACUGGUCAAGCUACGAACCCAUGGAUAUUGGCAAGCCACCUAAGCGCAAAGACUUCCUGACCCUUGCUGUUCAGUCCAGCUUAGUCCGAUACGUCGCUACAAAGCUAAACAGGCUAAGUGGAGAAACGAAGAGGAAGAAGGCUCAGGAGCUUCUACAUUUCGUUGUCAGUCCCAAGGCUGAUGGAAUCAGCGCUUGCGCUGCUCUCAGUGGUGAUUAUCAGGAAUUCCACCACGAUAUGCCGGACUCCCGCUUGCUAGAUAUUUUGUUCGAAGCAGGAGCUUCACCUCGCGAGGACGAGAGGAUGUGGUCCAAAGCAUUGAAGGCUGGGCGAAACUACUUCUCGAGAGGUAGCGUUACGAUGACGCACCUGUUAGAAACGUCAUCGAGCGCAAGGCUCAUGGAGAACCGAGAAAGAUGGGUUACGGCCAUCAAGGCGCUACUCCAGCACGGCGCCGAUCCUAACGCCGAUAUCCAAGUUACGACAGGAGAAGGUGAAAGCCAGUCCACGACGACGAUUGCGGCCGUGGAUCUUAUACGCGAGACCCUGGCGGGCGAGCCCGAGUAUGCCAUCGAACUGGUCGAGAUGGAAGUCCUUAUGGGCAGAAGGGGAAGUGUAGGACUUGCGAGAUGAGAAUGACGAUGACGUGUCACGAAAGCGCUUUUUUUUCGAUAGCUCAGGAACAAGGGAUGGGGGAGGGAUGGGUGUAACACACAUAACAAGCAUUAAGGAUGACGCGCGCAGAGUUAAAAGGGAAAAAAAGUGAUUUCGGAGGUAAUUCACAAUGGUUUCGGACUCCAGAUUGAGUAAAGUUGGUUCAUGAGUCUUAUACUUUUUAUUCUUCUUUUGUUUUACUUUUUACAAAUACCUCAUACCAUACGCCUAACCUAACCUUACUUACUACCUAUAUAUAACGUAUCACGACCCACACAGAACAUUUGUUAUACACUUAUAUAUAACACGGAAAAGCAAAACAGAACGAUGAAAACACUCCAAGAUCGGCAUGCACUAAGAAUCUCAUAUAACAUAACAAACAAACAAACACACAUACCUGAUAUCUACCUGUUAGGUAGGUAGACAGACUGUUGUGUCGGAAAAUCAUGUACUAGAGUUGAUAUUGUGCGCAUUCUUUGUAGAUAGUCAGAUAAUAAUACUAUACCUAUAUACCUAGGUAUAUUUAUUUA